GGACUAGUUAGCGCGCACACCUGAACUCGCCUUUUAAAGGCGUCGGACGAAAGCGUGGUGGAAAAGCGCACGCCGCGAUAAACGCGCCUUUCGCUCGCGGUCGCGGGGCGCCCGCCGACCAUUCCAGCGACUCCGGCGAGACUCGGCGUGACGGGCGAGAGGACAGCGGGGCCCGAUCACGCUGCUCCGGGACGUCGAUCGCGCGUCUCGUGUCUCGCGGAUCCGCGCGAACGCUGCCCGGAAUCGUCGCGAGUGCUCUUGGAGCGAGUGCAGGGACGACCGACCUCGAGGAAGGAAGAGAAGGAUAGAGAGAAAGAGAGAGAGAGACAGAAAGAAAGAGGAAGAAACACGGGAUGGACCGAACGCGGUGAAUACUCGCGUGACCGAGCGAUCGAUAUGUCGCGGCGAUCCAGGCACGCUACGUUCGGUCAGCGCGUCACCACGAGGAGAGGACUCGCCCGCGAAUAAGGAUCAGCACGGAGGAUCAGGACGUAAUCUCCCGAGCGGAGACGGCAAGAUGAGUUAAAUGGGUGUUGCCGAUUACCUACGUGCUUGUCUUUGACAUUCCCUGUGCGCGAGUCGACCGAUACAGACUCUAAAAUGCAUACUUCGAGAUAUGCUGGAUAUCACGUUAACGCAAAUCGUGAUUACAUUACGGACGGCGAAGAGAGCCACAGAGCUCCUUCGGAUCGCACCGUGUCUGAGUAUAUCGUUGCCAACGAACGUACCACCAUGGUGAAACCUCCAAGAAAGAAUCACGCGGACAGAUAUGACAGAGAAGAAGACAGAAGGUCCAGAAGCGCGCAUAAUACUCGUGACUCGGUGCUGUCCGGAUCUUCAAAGCACAGUUUGCACCCGCUUCGCAAAAGUGCCUCGCACGGCAGCAUUUGUGACAACGGUUCGGAUAUAUAUGUCACCAGCGCCGCUUACAGAGCCACUUCCGACAUAAGCCGAGUAUCGCGCCGCAGCCUCGCACCAAGCUCCAGAUUGGAUCACAGAGCGCCUAGUCAUUAUAGCUACGGUUCCGGCAGGUCAGGCACUUCGACAGUGAAAACUCGCACGUCACGAAAAGGCGGUAUAAUUGUGGAAACCAUGUCGACGCCUAAUCCAUUUUGUCCAAAUACUAAGGGCGUCUGUUGCCUCAUGUUACUUCUCAAUCUUGGCUUGAUUCUAGUUACUCUAGGCUUCGUUAUCGUCAUACAAUUCUUCCAGCCAUUAGUCGUUUGGAUUUUGGGAAUAGUAUUUCUUGUGUUCGGAUUUUUGACGCUGAUUGGUAGCCUCGUGUACUGCGUACAUGUAUUUAGAAAUGCCAAACAUCCACACGAUAUCAAUCCAGAAGACCUAUACUGGACCCAUUACUGGCAAGGUCGUGUCGGUUCUACAGCACCUGAAGUUUAUUAUAAACCGGAAGACAAAUAUCAGGACGACGGCUAUAGCGAUCGAUACAGUAAAUACUCGGGAAAAUAUUACGACCGACAAAGUCAGAGAUAUUAAUUGGAAUAUCAAAAGUGGCAUUGACUUCACUCAAUUCAAACACCAAUCGUUCUGCCAACUCUUACGUAAAAUUUAAAAACCAAUGACGAAUAAACAAAAACUAAUCUCAGUGCAAUAUAGUACUUAUGUGUAUUUAUGUAUAGAUACUAUACUAACAUUUUCUUUCGUGAAAAUAUAUAAAUUGUACUUUUUUAAUAAUACAAAUAUAAAUAAUCUGUACAAAAUAAUUUCUCUCUCAAAAAGAAUAUGUAGAAUUUUCAGCGUUAACUCGGCGAUUCGUACAAUUUAGCGUGUUGGUACAUCAAUAACACUUCUAGUAACAGAUCAUUCUAAAUGUGUAUUUAUAUAAGACAUAAAUAUAUGACGGUAAUUACAU